AUGGAGGAAAUGAAGAAGAGUUAUUCUGAAAAGGUCAAGGAAGUUGACAGAUUACGAAGAGAGGUUGCUGAACUUUCCCAGCAGCUGGACAGGGAAUGUCAAAAGUGCACGCAGCUGGAAGCCAAAAAUCAAGAUUUGCAAGACGAACUGUCUACCCUGCGUGGGAAGUGCGAGAACCUGGAGAUGGACAAAUGCCAGCUGCAAGAAGAGCUGGCAAAACUCCGGCAUCAUUUGGAGACUGACUUGGUGGAUCGCAGCCAACUCGAACAAUGGAAAAAAGAGGUGGAAGAGCAAGCCGACCGGGAACUCAGACAAAAACUCCAGGAAGUCAAUGAGUUUUUGCAAGCACAGGCAGCCCACCAGGACACAUUAGAAAAAAUCCGAAGCAGUCAUCUGGACUCCCUGAAAAACCAGUUAGAAGAGAGAAUUAGAGAUCUUGACCGUGCACUGGGAAGGAUAAGAAGCAACCAAGCAGAAAGACCUUUUCAAAAAGAAUCCACCCAGGCAGAAGUGGAAAAGUAUAAAGAACUGUAUGUGGUGGAAGCAAAAAGCAGAAAAAGCCUAGCCAAGAGACUGGAAAGAGCUAAUGAGAGACUUGCAGAGGCCAACACCAAGCUUUUUGGAGCGCCACAGAAGCAGAUCUGUGGUCCCAAGCAGCGCUGUCAGCGGAGUUCUGGCUGCAAGUCCACUUCUGGAUUCACCUGCCUGGGACAUGCUGGCAUCAGUUUUGGGACUGAGCAGAAGUCUGGCUCUCAGAACACCACCCAGACACCUGUGGACAUCCUGUAA